GACGUUCCCGCUACCUCAGUAUCUUGCGGGGUCUGGCAGGCGUCGGACAAGCACCGCCUCACCUUCCACGCCCAGACAUCGAAGUCCUGUUGUUUAAAGUCCCUAGAGUCCGCAAGGUCCUUGAGUUCGCAUACCCAAGAGUGCCUAUUUACGAACUGACGAUUGAAAGACCAAGUUGAGCUGACCAGAGAGCGCUUCCUGACUCCCUUGAACGCGUGUCACGAUGGUGUUAGCGUGCGAGUAGCGUGUGUGAGGGCAGAACAGUAGCGUGUGUUGAGUGUGUUCACGGACCGCAGCCAUGAGUGUGAGGGGCGUGUUAACCCUCACUCUGGCACUACUAGCUGUCACUCUCGUCCACUCCACAGAAGACGCCGAAGGGGAAGCCGUGGCCGGGAGUCUGGAUCUUCACGAGGAACAAUCAGCCGCCACUAACAUCACAGCAGGGGCGGCUUGUGAGUACGGUGGGCAGUGGUACGAGGCUGGGGAUACCGUGCCCACCCAGGAACCGUGUUUGGUCUGCACGUGCACGAAGGCGUCGCUGGUGUGUCACUUGAGGGUAUGCCCAGCCGUGCCCACCAGUGUGCCAAUGGGAUGCUACAAACUACAGAAGGCAGGGACGUGUUGCCCUGAGGUGGUCUGCGACGGUGAGUUAGAGAGUAAUAAGUUAUACACGAAGGAGGCGGUGGCGGGGCUGGCGGCGGCGGAGCUGAGGCGGCAACAUGUGGAGAUCCAGUCUGCCAUGGAGGACGCUGUGGCGGCGGCGGCAGCGGUGGAAGGAACACGACGCAGGUGGAAUGAACGGAAUGAGUACACCACCUCCACCACCACCUCCACCACUACCUCCACCACUACCACCUCCCCUCAAACCCACGUCCUUAGUUUCCAGGGCUGUGUGGAGGACGGGGCAGUCUUUGCUGAGGGUUCCGCAAUGCUUUCCCCGGACGAAUGUUCCUACUGUUUCUGCAUCCAUGGGCAGCGGCAGUGUGUGGCUCCUAAAUGCCUGCUGCCUGUAGAGGGUUGCCGCCCACGCUAUCGCACCUUCUCCUGCUGCCCCUCCUUCUAUGAUUGUUACGGCUCCUCCUCCACCACCACAACCACCACCAUAGCCCCUGCCGACCUCCCCGCCGCUCCUCCUGCCGCGCCCCUAGCUGGUGUCCCUGCCCCCAAGACACUGACAGAGGAGGAUGAUGCACUCACCUUGUCGGCACCCAUCCAGCAGAAUCCCAUGGAAGCCCCAAGGGAAGAAUUUGAGAGGAGAACUGGCAGGGUGCUAAAUAUUGAAGAGGAUGUUGACCCCAGUGCUGGAAAGGAAGGAGAAGAGUCUGAUCCUGAUGCUGUUCCUGAAGAAGUCACAGAAAGCACAGAACCUUCAAUAGAUGUAGAGGUGGAGACUGAACCAACAGGACCCACAUCAACGAGAAAACCACCAACACGCCUUCGCCCAAUGUCACGUCCUUCUCUUGCUGAAAUAGCCAAGCGGCGUCAAGAAUCGAGGUUCAAGGCAAGGGAUCGUCUCCCCUCAUCUCCCCCCAGUCCCAGGAUUCGGAUCUCACACCCCAGCAGACCUCAGAAUAGGGAGAGAACAACCCAGCCAAGUUCUCUGCCUCUAAGUUUCCGCUACAAAACCCGUGAGCACUCCAGGUAUGGUGUUAGUGCUACCACGCCUGAACUGGCUUCCACCACAGCCACACCUGAACUGUCCUCCACCACAGCUAUACCGGAAGCAUCUUCUAACACCACCACCACCAACACCACCACUACUACCCCUGAAACACACGAAGAUCCACUGGAGUUACAUUUCAAACCCAAAAGACCCACAAAACUACACCGUUUCACCAGGGAACCAAGCAGCACCAGCACUACUACCACACCAGCCACACCCACCAUGAUUACCACACAGGGAAGCUUCAGAGUCAGUAGCUUCCUUGCCACCACACCCACCACCACACAAGAACCAGGUGAUGCCUCCUCCACCAGAACUACAGAAGCACCAAAGAGGCCAGUGAAGGACAACAAACUGAGGUGGAACAAAUUCAGAUUUCACUCCACCAUAUCAGCAUCGAACCGUCCUUCAAGGUUUGAAAGACGCCCACCUACAGGCUUCACCGACGCCACUACCAGUACAACCCCUGAAGAAGCUCCCUCUGAGGUGACAAACGAACGCAAGAUUGACAUUGCAACAUUACUUCGAGAGGCCGGUAUACAAGAGAUCUCUCCCCGUCCCCGCCCUCGCCCCCGCCUUCCCCUCCUGGAACGCCCUACGGUGCCUCGCCAGGGAAUUGGGUUGAUUCCCUCGGUUGGCGAAAGUGUGAGAAACGAACGGCAGACUAAGGACAAGACCAAAGACAAGAUCACCACGCAGGAGGGACAGGAGGAGGGCUUCACUGACACCCUCCCUGAAGACACCACCAUCUUGCCACUGGAGGAAGGGGCUGAUGAGGAAACAGCUGUAGAUGAAGUGGUGACUACUCAAAACUUCCCAGAGGAGACCGAGACUGUACUUCUGGAGGAGGAGGAAGCAACCACUGUGCUGUUCCCUGUGGUUCCUGAAACAACUCUUAAACCAAAGGAAUCAUCUCCAGUGACCACCACUACUACCAGUUCUACAACCACCACCACCACCACCACCACCACAGAAAAUCCCGCACCACAGCCACCUGCCAAAUCACCUGCCACACCUUCAGACGAUCCCCUGCCAACUCUCCCACCCGUGGAAGAUCCCUCAUCGGUGCCCUUGGAGGCUGACAUAGUGGACAUUGAGUACCUGGAGACUGAACCUGAACUACCUGUGUACGACAUCACCGUAGGUACCUCGGUGAUGACAGCCGGCCACAGCCAACAUUCCCCUGUGGGAGUUGGCCAAGUCAUCCCUGUGGAUCUGAAGCCAGAGGACUUUGUGCGACGUACUGAGGCAAAGAAACCUGCAGCACCUUCAGAAACACAACAAAGCGAUACAGAAAGCGAUGCCAAGAGAAACACAACAAAGACCUUGGAGACUUUCCUUCCUGGUGACGCUGUGCAGCCAGACCAAACCAAACCUGAAGGAGACGCUGAUACAAAGACCACCGAGGAAGAGACCACAGUGCCGGAGACCACUGUGCCUGAUGAGACCUUACCAGUUGAACAUAGAGUUGUAGAAGAUAAGACUGAACUUAACACUACUCAGGACCUGGACACUGUGGACAAGCCCUCCACGACUCCCUCACCAGCUUCCUCCUUCCUAGGCGCUUUCCUGAACAUCUUCACCCGCCCAGACAGGCCCAAAACUGAGAGGCCCAACAGACUGCCUCCACGCACCAGACCAGAAAACUUCAGACCUGAGAGACCUGGCCGUCCUGACAGACCAGGGAGACCAGGAAGCAGACCAAGACCUGGUGGCAAUCGAAGACCAGGAGGCAGACCAAGACCCGGACUUAGACCAUUCAGACCAUCACUCAGACCAGAUGAGCAGGACCAACCAACAGAUGAAGAGGAAGGACCAGAAUCUGAAGUCAGACCAUUCAGACCACCUCAGCAGCCAACACUGGAAGCACCAAAGCAGCCCACACUAGAGGCACUGGUACCAAAUGAAGCUGAACCAAAAGAAGGAUCAGACUUGUUAAAUCCUGAAAAUGCAGAAGAGCCUAAACCAGAUGAACCAACACUGGAAGACUCUAAACCUGACCAGGACAGACCAAACCAGACUAAACCAGAGGAAAAAGAACCAAAUGAAGCAGGAAUGGAGGGACAACUAGGGCCAGAGAAAGAAGACCCAGACCAGCCUGAAGUUCCAGACCGUCCAAGACCCUUCCGCCCCAGACCACCGCUGCGCCAUCCGUUCAGGACACGCCCCAGACCCACAGGCAGACCAGAAUUCAUCCCACCACGCUUCCGGUUCACAUCUCCAUCACCACCUGAGGGUGAGGAGGUACUGGAGAAGGUGGAGAAUAAGGAAACAGAGAUAGCUAUUGAAGAAGAAAUGGACAAACCUAUUUCUGAGUUCCGACCUUCAUUACCUCCACCCACUUCACCACCACCACCUCCACCACCACCACCACCGCCACCCUCAUCCCCAUCACCAGAAGAGGAACCCAAGGAGCCCAUCUCAAGACCACCACUGUUCAUACCUCCGCCUUCAAGAACAGAAGCUCCGUCACUGAGUCCUAUCAUACCAACAUUCCUUCAUGGUGCAGAAAAGGAGACAAAAUUACCAGGUAUUGCUCCCAUUGCCCUCUUCGACCUGCCAGAUCCAAUCCAUACCCCCACCAGGCGGCCAUUCAUCCCUCCACAGCCACGCCCACAGCAGCCUUCUACCAUAGAGGGUCUGCCAUCAGAGCCUGUUCUGGAAGGAGGGUUCUCAGGGAUACAAGACGAAGGGGAUAGAGUGCAACCAACCUUUGAACUAACUGAUGACUAUGACAAUGAAGGAGAACCGACCCUGCCGCCAUCUCUUCCUAACCUCAAAAUUAUCCCAUUCGUGGCAGCCGACGCCCUCACACACCCUCACAACACCUUCAGCACCGAGGACCUACGCUCCACAUCCCGCCCCCCUCUGCCACCCUUCUUGAUUCCAGGUCACGAGGACGACUUGGCCACAAACCUAAAGCCUGAGGACAUCACUGAUAAAUCCACCACCACCACCACCACCACCACCACAUCUUCAACCACCACUACCACGGAACUCCCCACCACAGCCCCUCGCCGUACCCUGCCACACCGUCCUCCCAUCCUGCCACAACGCCGGCCAGCAAGUGAGGAGGCAUCAACACGCCGUCCCUUCUUGCCUUUCCGCCGCCCAGGGGAAAGACCGAGCCGCCCGCCUUUUGCUGCACCACCACCAUCCACCACAGAGGAGCAGGAGAGCGAGAGCAGCACAGCCAGACCUAACCUGCUGUUUGCUUUGCGUGACCAUCCUGCAUCACGCCCGUCUUUCAUCCCUCCAAGACGCACAACAGCCGAUAUCACAGAAAUCACAGCUGCUCCUUCCAAAGCCACAUCUCUCUUCACACUUCCACCUCGACAGACACCCCCACCACCACCACCACCACCACCACCAACACGCCCACCACCACCGCCACCAACACGCCCACCGUCACCGCCACCAACACAUCCACCACCACCACCCUCACGCCAGCCUCCACUGUCCAUAUCCUCCUUCCUCCCACGCCCAAAACCUACAACCUUGCUUCCCACACAGACACCAAGACCAAUUGUACCGAAUGAAAUACCUAACCUGUUGCUCCCGGAUGUGUUUGGCCUCUCAGGGGCUCCGGGUGGCUCUAGGUUCACGGCCAGCCAGGGCACACCAAAGCCCAUCGUACCGGUCAAGAUUCCUCCAAGAUUGCCUGAAAUACCCGACUCUGUGAAGGAUCAACUACCGCUCGCCACAGACCCCAUCCUGGCCUCAGGUUUGCUCAAGCUCUCUGGCUGCAACAUCUACGGCCGCAUGCAUAAGGUCAAGGACAAGAUCCCAGAAUUAUCCGGCAAGUGUAAGGAGUGCCGCUGUACCCCCGUGGGCGUCCAGUGCCUUCCCACAUGUUAGCACCCUGUCCAUGCCAUGCCUCUGCCACCACCCGCCACCUGCCACCUGCCACCACUACAAAGACGAAAACAAGAGCAGGAUAUUUGACUCCUUAAAUAAUGUGUAUAUUUUCAAGCUUUGGAUCUUUUCUCAGGUACCAUAUUGAUGAGUUAAUUGAAUGACUAUUCAUUACCUUGCUUUUUUUUUUAUUUCCUUCAGACUAGAUGGCAAAAAAAGAUUAGUUGCUUGUGUGUAUUUCUAUUCACUCAUUUUGUACCGUCUCCUCCCAAUUUGACGUUGGUUUAUGACGCAAGAAAGAUUCGUACAAAGAUGUUUACUAAGAUUUUCUGCUACAAGAACCAUAUUAGGAUGGAUAUGUAGUCCUCCUUUUCAUUCAAUUUCAGUAUGGUACUAAAAUAUUGUGUGUUUUAAGAGGGGGAGAGAGAGAGAGAGAGAGAGAGAGAGAGAGAGAGAGAGAGAGAGAGAGAGA